CUAUCUUUGCAGAUGUUGUAGCAUAGACUGAGAGAAAUUUUCUAGAGAAAUGACCACUUUCUCUAGGACCGCCCUGGUCCUCGCUGGUAUAUGUGGAUCUCUCUUUGUGGGUUACUGUAUCUACUUUGAUAGGAAGAGAAGGAAUGAUCCAGACUUCAAGAAGAAGCUGAAAGAAAAAAGAAAACAGAAGAAGGUGACCAAGAACAGUGGAGCAGAUGGGUUACGUGCCUCAGAUCUGAAGGAUCCUGAAUCUGUGCAGCGAUUCUUUUUGCAAGAGGUUCAACUCGGAGAGGAGUACCUCGCAAUGGGACAAAUUGAGGAAGCCGUGGAACAUCUUUGCAAUGCAGUUGCUGUCUGUGGCCAGCCAAGUCAGCUCUUGCAAGUCCUACAGCAGACACUCCCUCCUAAUGUCUUCCAGAUGCUCAUUACAAAACUCCCAACUGUGGGGGAAAGGUUGUUUCCUCAGUCCCAAGCCUCUGUGGCAGCUGAUGAAGAUGUAGAGUGAACAUAUGGUUGGGGAGAAAGCAUCACUUGCAGUAGAUGGGAUAAGCUGUGGUGAGACCUGGAAGUAGAUUAUGCAUGGUUCAGUGAGGAAGAACAUUUGUUGUUAUGCCUGGGCAUUGUUCUUCAUAAUUUGUCAUUAAUCAUUUUCUCCUUGAUGUGGAGUACAGAAUGAAAAAUAAAAUUUUCAAACCUG